CAGGAAGUAUCUUAUUGGCAGGAUACAUAAACACAGUCGUACUGGCAGGCAGCGACAGAGUUGCCUCGAGCUGAACUGAUCCAGUGGGUUUUACCACUUGACAUAUGCAGUAUGCUAUGCGCGCAGCCGUUGAGACGACAGUACGCGCUGCGCGAAGCCAUUCCAAAAAGGAGGGUAUUGGCCAAAAGAAUUCGAAUGGCGGAAACAACGUGACCCAAUCAAUUACCCUUGACCUCCGAAGAUUGAUAUACCACACCUUUCGCUCCUGGAUGCUCUUGACUUCAUUAUUGUUGUUCACGAUGGCGUAUAUGGUCGACACUGCUCUUGUGCAUUCCUUAUGCAAGGCAAGAACAUCGAGAGUAUCCCAACAUUUACCAUUAUGGACAGUGAUCUUGAACAGAAUGGAGAACAUGAACUUGACGACAAAUGGCUUAUCGCUGAGAGGGACUGGAUCGAUCCCAGUCCCGAGGAAAGUUUUCUCGUUGUCGGAAAAGCCUACAACCUAAUGUACCCCAGAAGGUUGUACCCGGUCAAGUCACAGGAGGAGUUCGACCGUUUGUAUGAGCUUUCGAACGAAUUACGAAUCCAGCUUGCGAAAUGGGAGGAACUGGUCGUGCCGGUCAUAGAGGCCAAAGCAGAAUUGAAGCAGCUCGAGGCUGCAGCCCAACGACAGAAGGAGCUUCUGCAACGAGACCAAAUCCGCAGAAGCGUAGAAACUGUAGGUUGCAAUAUCCAUGUAAACGAAUGCUAAGUUUUCUAGCUCAAGCGGCAUUACGAUAAAGCUUUACCAAUAUUAUCGGAGCUCAAGGCAAGUCACAAUGUAUGUGUCCCAAAUCCCAGCUUAGAAGAAACCAACACCUUUUCCAGGCCGCGAUUUCUGAACUCAAGCGAAAGUACCAAUUCAGCGACGAACUCGGUGCGAGGAACGAAAACAAAACCAACAAUAAGACCGAAGCUGACGCGUCGCCACCACGAAAGAGAAGACGGCCGUUUGAUGAUAGCGAUGUGGAGGAGUGCCUGUAGAAGUUGGCCAUGGGCAGGGUCACUUGGGUCUGAUGCGAGACGGACAAACGCCGUACUCGAGUACUCCUACCACAAAUGUAAGCCCAGUUUUAUAUCAAUAAUUUCGAGGCAUCGAAUGCAUACAACACAACUCAUCUCUCAAUAAAACUGAUUUUCCAUUCGAAGUGAAUGAGAAGAAAGAAAAAAAGAGCCAGUCAUUGACAUGUGUCCGUCAUAGGAAUUCAUCACUGCGGUUUCUACACACCUUCUCCUGCUACUUUCUGAAAUCUUUUCGAAAUCCAAGGUUGAGUAGAAGUAAUCUGCGCCAGUACGAUUUCCUGCGCGAUAUCACCAUCACAAUCCAACGUUCAAAUCCACAACCGGGACCCUUCGAGGUGACAACUUUGGCUAGCUGUAUUGUUGAAACAGGAAUUGGGAAACAUCAGAAGCGCAUCAAUCAAAGCACCCCUUCCUAUUCUCAUUGCAAACCCCGCACCAUUUUGCAAGUAUAAUGAAACAAGAGACGCAUUGUAAUUUUGAUAGGCCCGUAUUCCUUGGGUAUAGAAGGGAGAUUUCAUAGAGUACUACUCCGGAAACUUUCCAAAGACUUGUUCCUGCCUUCGGCACCCUUGAACCUUUCUAUGUUAGAUAAAAAAAAUUGGAAAAGGAGCAGUUCUUUCAUGGAUUUAUGUCAAUUUUCUUGAACAGAAAAAGGCAGGACAGAAACAAACGCAUGCCAGUGCCACAACUCUCCGCCUAGGGAGCACAUGUGCGAAACACAGGGUAAACAGACUGCCUGACAACUUAAUAUUCAAACUUCAAACAGAACCAACUUGCAUGUUUAGACAUCAUUUUUUCGAUUUUCGCAGCACAACCUAAUUGAAAGAAACCUGAUAACGCCAAGGACCUUAAGUUACACCGCCGAGAGAGCAAUAGACAAGACAACCAUUCCUAUCCUGACUUGCGAAAUAAAUAAUCCACAACUGCAGGAUUCGAAGCACAUGAAUAUAGGACAUCGUUCACCAAAAAUGGCGUUCAUCGUGGAUUUAUAUUGCCCCGGGAAGUUGUUGUAGGGGGGAUGAUGAUAAAAGAGGACGUCUAUGAGACGGAUCGGACGUAACGGGCUACGACAACGCAGUGAUCUCUCUCGAAAGGUUCUAUGGUGGUCCGUUAGAUAAUGUACGCAGAAGGGGGGCAAAUAUGAUAAGAGGCGGGAAAUAGAAAGCGUGCAUGAAAUGCAUGGCCAGAGGAACUUACCAAGAGUCAGCUGCUCCAAAGGCUUCAUUCUUUCCUCUCUCAUUUUCUGAACUUCUCUGGCGAAAACCUGCUCUGCUGGCGCAGUACUGUCGAUACAGUUUGCCUUGAUAGAAAUAACGAUACCUCCACCAACCUUCAAGAAUAAAUGGGCGUUCAUUCCAACAAUUCGAGCUUGAUCUGGCUGUGCAACAUCUGCGAAGAUAACAUCGACCAUAGAUACCAACAUUCUGUAUCUCAAUGGGUGUCUGGCGUCCUCAAUAAUUGGGAUAACGUUUGUGCGGUGGGUUGCCAUAUUAAUCAGAUCACGACCAGAACGAUGCGAAAACUCGACAGCGAAAACCGUACCAGUAGGUCCAACAAUAUCCGCGACGUGGGAAACAGAGGUUCCAGAAGCGGCACCGAGGUACAAGACUUUUGCGCCAGGCUUGAUGAAAAUUUCAUCCAGACCUCCCAGAACACCUGCAGCCAACUUGCUUCGGAAAGGAUUCCAGACUCGGUACUCGGUUUUGGUGACUUUUGGAGUGCCAUCCUCGUUGGUUCCACCAGAGUUCUCAACACUGACGCGCUUCUCUCCGUAGACCGACUCGCCGGGGCAGAAGUUCUUGGUGACCAACAUGUCUUCCUUUCCACGGGCGACGAAGAUACCGGCGUGACGAUGGGGUUCCUGCGCCAGUUAGACAAUGCCAUCGCAACGAAUAUCUUUUCGCGCAAACUUACAAUUAUGGUCUUUGCGCCUCCUUUUGCCCCUGCUCCUCCUCUGGGUCCUCCACGACCUCUUGGUGCUCCUCUGCCGCCUCCACGACCGCCUCUGCUAUCACCUCGACCUCCUUACCCUCCGGUCAGCUACUUUUGUUUUCAUAAUAAUUCAAGCCUGGUAGAGAGCCAAAGACCAUGAAGCUAUUCAGGGCCUUCCAAUCGCUACAUAGAGCUCGGGGGAGUUGUAAAAACUGACCUCUUCCGCCACCUCUUGAGAAUCCACCGCGGCCUCCACGAUCACCUCCACCACCUCUGGAGAAACCUCCACGACCUCCGCGGUCACCACCGCCACGUCCUCCUCUAGGUGUAUAUGCCAUCUUUUAAGUGUUAAUUGACCUUUGGGAGCUAGUUUUCCCGAUUGAAUGCGGGGUGAAAAUGGUGGUGAUGAUUUUGCUUUGCGAUGAAGCUUGGAGUUCCAGGUUGAAUUUUUUUUGCGGACUCAAAAGCUCAAGCAUAAACUAAUCG